AUGGCUGAGGAUCCCCUUCAAAAGUCCAGAGAAUUAUUGGAAAGACAAGAACAAAUUAUGGAAGAACAAAAACAACGCUGGACAGAACAAGAAUUCCUCCUCAAGAAAACAGAAGGGCAUGUAGAGCAAAGGAAGAUUCAUUCAGGAGCACCAAGUGUUAAGGAUGAUGAACAAUCUGUGAGUGAAGAAGAGGAAGAAGAGGUUCCUAUAUCAAUUGAAAUUUCAAUGGAGGAAGAGCAAGAUGAAGAGGCUACUGUAUCAAGUGAACUUUCAAUGAAGAACAAGGUGGUUGAAAAUGAAAUUGCACUUGAGAUGACAAGGGAACAUGAAGACCCACAACUCUCACAAACUUUCCUGACCCAACAACUCUCAACACUUGAAUCCAUGAUUGAAAGGAUGCUUCCAGGGGCUAAUCUUGACCCGUGUUCACUCACACCACACUCCAAAUUCCAAACCCAAUCAAAUGACGAACAACCAUAA